AGGUGUCGAUUAAAGAAUUAUUCUACAUAUUGCAACUAUCAUAUUUUACCUGAUAAGAUUUUCGGGAACACUUGUCAAUUUUUUAGAGGACGUCAAAAUUACUAUUACAUUUUCGCCGAUAAGAUUUUUUGGGAUACAUGUCGAGUUUUGAGAGGACGUUAAAAUUUCUGAUGAGAUUUUGUGUCCAUAUCGUACAUCUUAUCUUCAUCCCCAAACAUCUAUUUAGGAGGGUUCAUAGGAUGCAAUUUUUAACACUUAAAUAGCUUAUUCAUAUUAUAACAUUUGUUCUCUAUUUUGCAAUUUUCGUCUCAUCAUUUCACCAUGUAUCGAAAUCUUGAGUUGCUAAACACUUUCUUAACUUCUGAGUCUGAUGACGAUCUUGAAUUGCUUUUAAUAGCAACUCAAAAUGAGGAAGGCGAAAGGCGAAAUAGGCGUCGUCGUGGUUCUGUUCCGGGCCAAAGGGUAAUUCAUCGUGACAGAGCUGGAGGGAACAGAAGGCUUUAUCAGGAUUAUUUUUCUGAUAAUCCAACAUAUUCUGAUGAUCAAUUCAGAAGAAGAUUUCGGAUGCGGAGGCCUCUUUUCUGUCGAAUUCUAAAUGCAGUUGAAUCAUAUGAUCCCUACUUCGUACAAAGAAAUGAUGCAAUCGGGGUCCCUGGCUUAUCAUCUCUUCAAAAGAUCUAUCGCGACUGCUCCAAGUUAACGAGCAACGUGGAUUUCCAGGAAUGCUUGGAAGCAUUGAUUGCAUGCAUUGGGAGUGGAAAAAUUGCCCAACUGCUUGGAAAGGUAUGUACACUGGCCAUUCUCGUUCACCGACUAUUGUAUUAGAGGUGGUUGCUUCUCAGGAUCUUUGGAUAUGGCAUGGCAUGCUUUUUUUGGGAUGCCAGACUCACUUAAUGCAACUCCAGAUGUUAUUCCGUCACACGAGCACACAAAUGAGUUUGUUGAGUUUAUUCAAAGUCAUCACAAGAUUCGUGAUAGGGGUACUCAUUCCCAACUCCAACGUGAUCUUGUUGAGCAUCUUUGGAAUUUGCACGGUCAAGAAGAUUGAUAGUUGUAUUUGUAAUAUUUCAAUUUGUGGCAAUAUUUCUAUUUGUAGUGUUUCAAUUUAUUUCUAUUUAUAAUGUUUCAGUUUA